ACAACCAAGAGAAGCAGCGCUUGUCAUUUCUACUCAAGGAUGGAGAAGGACGGUAAGAAGCCGAAGACAGUUGUGUCUACUUUCCGGUUGGCCCUCAACCCUCAAGCCGGACCUGUCUGUGUCGGGAAGAAAGAAAAAGAGAAUAGACUGGAGACCACUAACAUGAUGGCAAGGGGAAACAACAAACUGGGAGUCUCGUCUGCAACAGAUGUCAGACAGACACAAGUCCAGGCCCUGGCAUCACCUCUCUUCAAAGAACCACUCCAGGACUUCACAGUCUGUGAGGGAAGUGAUGCUACUUUUCAAGGUGUUAUCACAGGAAGUGGGCCUCUGAAAGUUUCCUGGCUACACAAUGGUGAAAAGGUGCAUUCAGGUAAUACUUCCUUCAAAAAUGGUGUGGCUGUUCUGUCGCUGAGUCAGUGUUCUCGUGGAAAUGCUGGGACAUAUACCUGCACAGUUGAGAAUAUUGCUGGAAAACAGUCAAGCAGUGCUGUGUUACAUGUCACGGGAACAGCAACAAAGGAAGUCCCCAGAACACGCAACUAUGAGCAGCACAGCAGCACAUUCAAGGGUGCAUCACGUGAAAAUACUCAAUUGUCCCCAGCUUCUAAAGGGAAAAGUCAACACAGAGAAAAAAAGGAAAAAGGGAAGCAGCAAACAAACAUGCGUAGUGACAAAUACUUCUUAAAUCCCCCUAUCAUAGCACAGACCUCUAAACCCACCUACUCCACUGAUAUCAGAGACAUCAACCUUCAAACAAAAGUCUCCACUAGCAAAGGACCUCCUGUGGAGUUUCUUAACCCACCCGAGCAGGUGGAGGCUCGGGUAGGAAAGCAGGCCCGGCUACACUGUGAGUUCAGGAGCAGCUCAACCCCUGUGGCCUGCUGCUGGAUUUAUAACAGAGACAAAGUGGUAGUGGGAGGGCCAAGGUUGUCUGUCAGGAGCACUGAGACCCAAAGCAGUGUUGAGAUCUCACAGGCCUGUCCAGACGACACAGGCUCUUACGCUGUCAUAGUGCGAAACCGACAAGGCUCUGCCCAGCAUACGGUCUACCUGAGCGUCAUAGACCGACCUCAUCCACCCGCAUCUCAACCUGUUGUUUCCAAGCUCUCCACCCGGUCCCUGGUCCUGUCCUGGACUGGCCCCAGCUACGACGGAGGCACAGCUGUGUUGGGUUACAUUGUGGAGGUCAGACAAGACGCCCUGGACAAGCCUGGGAGCUGGACCGCAGUAUCAAGCCGUUGCAAAAACACAUCCUACCACGUCCGCUCAGGCCUGGAGCCUCUGGGGCAGUACAGCUUCCGUGUCAGGGCCUACAACUCAGCAGGAGUCAGCGAACCAAGCCAGGAGUCUGCCUGUGUCGAGAUGGCGACGGCGAAGGAAAAGAAGGUAGAGCCUGAGACGUACGUCGAAGUGACCAUUGACACAAAGUACAAGGUCAAGGACCACUACAAUGUUCAUGAGAAGCUGGGAGUUGGGAAGUUUGGCGAGGUGUUCCGGUUGUCCCACAAAGAGACUGACCAGAUGUUUGCGGGGAAGUUCUACCGAGCCCGGACCUCCAAGGAAAAGAUGGCGGCCCGCAAGGAAAUUGAACUUAUGAACUGUCUCCACCACCCAAAACUAGUCCAGUGUCUGGCUGCCUACGACACAUGCUCAGAGUUGGUCAUGGUCAUGGAGUAUAUUGCAGGUGGAGAGCUCUUUGAGCGCAUCGUGGACGACAACUUUGAGCAUACGGAGCCCACCAGCGCCCGCUACAUGCAGCAGAUCCUGGAGGGCAUGCAGUACGUUCACAGGCAGAACAUUGUCCACCUUGACCUCAAGCCAGAGAACAUCGUCUGUGUGGACACCACUGGUACAAAGAUCAAGAUCAUUGACUUUGGCUUGGCUAGUAAACUGGAGGAUGGUAAACAUCUAAUGGUGAUGCAUGGUACACCCGAGUUCGUGGCCCCUGAGGUGAUCAACUAUGAGCCCGUGGGCCUGGAGACGGACAUGUGGAGCAUAGGAGUCAUCUGCUUCAUCUUGCUCAGUGGAGAAUCUCCCUUCCAGGGGAACAGCGAUGCUGAGACUUUAGGUCUUGUGACUGCUGCCCGCUACGAGUUUGACCAGGAAAGUUUUGAGGACAUCUCUGACGAAGCUAAAGACUUUAUCAGCUCCCUGCUGAAGAAAGACCGGAGAUGCAGGUUGUCAUGUACCGAGGCCCUCUUCCACCCCUGGAUGGCCUCUUUUACCCCACUGACCCGCAGACCAACCAAGUCCCUCAAAAAGGAGAAGAUGAGACGCUUUCUGGCCAAGCGCAAGUGGAAGAAAACCGGCAAGGCUGUUUUGGCCCUACAGCGGAUGGCUAACCUCUCCAACAGGCCAGACUCUCCUGGCAGCUCCUCAGAGGAGCCGGGCUGGAGCCGAGAGGCGGCGGUGGCCAUCCAGUCGCUGGACAAGCAGCUUCAGAGUGAACCUUGCUUCCGGGAGGUCCUGAAGGACACCACCCUUCCUAAAGGAGCAACUGCUCAGCUAACGUGCCUUGUCAAUGGUUACCCACAGCCGGAGGUGAAGUGGCUUCAGAAUGACAAGCCGUUGUCGGAAUCGAGAAGAGUGACCACGGAGCACCACGAAGACGGGUUCUGUUCUCUGGUCCUAGCUGAUUUGAAACCUUCUGACUCUGGGGUUUAUGUGUGCAGGGCAAGCAACGAGCUGGGGAGAGCAAUGUGCUCCGCCAAACUGAAAGUGGAGAUGUGACCCGAGAAGAGAACCAGGGGACGCACCUCCAUGACUUAAGGUUUCCGUCGUUUCGGAGGGGAUUCUUGAGAAGUGGAGUCCUCUGAAUGGUUUGACAAAGCUUCAACCUUGAAGUGACAUUUCAGUAGAUGGUUGGUCAAGGUGCCACUGUCACACAAAUAGCUGCAUUCAACGAUCAAAGGAGAGAAGGAGAUUUGGACACAUGUACCCAGAGUCACCAGUUUCACGUCUCCAGUUACUAGUGCACUUACUGAGUCUGUUUUCUUCGGUGUGUGUUUAAGAUGUUCAGCUUCCAGUGCACAACGUUUUUGUUUUGUUUUUUUUAACUGAAAUAAGGUCUUUUGCCACUGGGGCUGAGCUCAGCAAUGUUCACAAGGCGAGUCACAUGAAAAUUGUGCACGUUUAAAAAUGAUUCAAUUGCAGAUGAUUUAAACGCAUUAAAAUUAAAAGUACUUGGGUGAAAAUUAA